ACACGCAGCCGGCACAGGCGGCGGCGGCGGCGGCGGCGGCGGCUGCCGGAGUCAGGACGAACCUCUCUAGGUACGGUCUUGAGAAGGCGGCAGCAGCGGCGGCGGCGGCGGCGGCAGCGGCGGCGGCGGCGGCGGCAGCCCGAGCAUCCCUGCUCAGCCGGAGAGGGAGCAUCGCCGAGAGUUCCCGUCCCCUCGGCCAUUCCCUUCCCCCCUCCUUUUCUUUAUUUGCGAGAGAAUUUCAGCUGCCUUAUUGGUUUCGUUUGAUUUGGAAACAUUUUUGGUUGCUUUGUGUGUGUGUGUGUGUCCUGUUUUUUUUUUUCUUUCCUCGUUUUAUUUGCAUCCAGAGCAUGGCGGGCUGCGGGCUGUCGGAAGACACCUUCCUCUCCUCCUUCUUUUACAACUACGGCUCCUCCUGGGAAACCCCUUCCAACCAGGUUUUUUGCGAAAAUCAGUGAACUAAUAUUGGUAAAAUUGGAGCCCCAUGGAUGAAGGGUACUUUUGUGCUGCUCUGGUUGGUGAGGACCAGCCUCUUUGCCCAGAUCUUCCUGAACUUGACCUUUCUGAACUUGAUGUGAAUGACUUGGACACAGACAGCUUUCUGGGUGGAUUGAAGUGGUGUAGUGACCAAUCAGAAAUCAUAUCCAACCAGUACAACAAUGAGCCUGCAAAUAUAUUUGAGAAGAUAGAUGAAGAGAAUGAGGCAAACUUGCUAGCAGUCCUCACAGAGACACUGGACAGUCUCCCUGUGGAUGAAGACGGAUUGCCCUCAUUUGAUGCACUGACAGAUGGAGACGUGACCACUGACAACGAGGCCAGUCCUUCCUCCAUGCCUGACGGCACCCCUCCCCCUCAGGAGGCAGAAGAGCCGUCUCUACUUAAGAAGCUCUUACUGGCACCAGCCAACACUCAGCUCAGCUACAAUGAAUGCAGCGGUCUUAGCACUCAGAACCAUGCAAACCACACCCACAGGAUCAGAACAAACCCUGCCAUUGUUAAGACCGAGAAUUCAUGGAGCAAUAAAGCAAAGAGCAUUUGUCAACAGCAAAAGCCACAAAGACGUCCCUGCUCAGAGCUUCUCAAGUAUCUGACCACAAACGAUGACCCUCCUCACACCAAACCCACAGAGAACAGAAACAGCAGCAGAGACAAAUGUGCUUCCAAAAAGAAGUCCCAUACACAAUCGCAGUCGCAACAUGCUCAAGCCAAACCAACAACUUUAUCUCUUCCUCUGACCCCAGAGUCACCAAAUGACCCCAAGGGUUCCCCAUUUGAGAACAAGACUAUUGAUCGAACCUUAAGUGUGGAACUCUCUGGAACUGCAGGCCUAACUCCUCCCACGACUCCUCCUCAUAAAACCAACCAAGAUAACCCUUUCAAGGCUUCGCCAAAGCUGAAGCCCUCUUGCAAGACCGUGGUGCCACCGCCAACAAAGAGGGCCCGGUACAGUGAGUGUUCUGGUACCCAAGGCAGUCACUCCACCAAGAAAGGGCCUGAGCAAUCCGAGUUGUACGCACAACUCAGCAAGUCCUCAGUGCUCAGCCGAGGACACGAGGAAAGGAAGACUAAACGGCCCAGUCUACGACUGUUUGGUGACCAUGACUACUGUCAGUCACUCAAUUCCAAAACGGAUAUACUCAUUAACAUAUCACAGGAGCUCCAAGACUCUAGACAACUAGACUUCAAAGAUGCCUCCUGUGACUGUCAGGGGCACAUUUGUUCUUCCACAGAUUCAGGCCAGUGCUACCUGAGAGAGACUUUGGAGGCCAACAAGCAGGUCUCUCCUUGUAGCACCAGAAAACAGCUCCAAGACCAGGAAAUCCGAGCUGAGCUGAACAAGCACUUCGGUCAUCCCAGUCAAGCUGUUUUUGAUGACAAAUCAGACAAGACCAGUGAACUAAGGGAUGGUGACUUCAGUAAUGAACAAUUCUCCAAACUACCUGUGUUUAUAAAUUCAGGACUAGCCAUGGAUGGCCUAUUCGAUGACAGUGAAGAUGAAAGUGAUAAACUGAGCUACCCUUGGGAUGGCACGCAGUCCUAUUCAUUGUUCGAUGUGUCGCCUUCUUGCUCUUCCUUUAACUCUCCGUGUCGAGAUUCAGUGUCACCGCCGAAAUCCUUAUUUUCUCAAAGACCCCAAAGGAUGCGCUCUCGUUCAAGAUCCUUUUCUCGACACAGGUCGUGUUCCCGAUCACCAUAUUCCAGGUCAAGAUCAAGGUCCCCAGGCAGUAGAUCCUCUUCAAGAUCCUGUUACUACUAUGAAUCAAGCCACUACAGACACCGCACACACCGCAAUUCUCCCUCGUAUGUGAGAUCACGUUCAAGGUCACCACCCUACAGCCGUAGGCCCAGGUAUGACAGCUAUGAAGCAUACGAACACGAAAGGCUGAAGAGAGAUGAAUACCGCAGAGAGUAUGAGAAGCGGGAAUCUGAAAGGGCCAAGCAGAGAGAGAGGCAGAAGCAGAAAGCAAUUGAAGAGCGCCGUGUGAUUUACGUUGGUAAAAUCAGACCUGACACAACGCGGACAGAACUGAGAGACCGCUUUGAAGUUUUUGGUGAAAUUGAGGAAUGCACCGUAAAUCUGCGGGAUGAUGGAGACAGCUAUGGUUUCAUCACCUACCGUUACACCUGUGACGCUUUCGCUGCUCUUGAGAAUGGAUAUACUUUACGCAGGUCGAACGAAACUGACUUUGAGCUGUACUUUUGUGGACGGAAGCAAUUUUUCAAGUCUAACUAUGCAGACCUAGAUUCAAACUCAGACGAUUUUGACCCUGCUUCCACCAAGAGCAAGUAUGACUCUCUGGAUUUUGAUAGUUUACUGAAGGAAGCUCAGAGAAGCUUGCGCAGGUAACAUGUUCCCAGGCUGAGGAUGACAGAGAGAUGGUCAAUACCUCACGGGACAGCAUGUCCUUUCCCAAGACUCUUGCAAGUCAUACUUAGGAAUUUCUCCUACUUUACACUCUCUGUACAAAAAUAAAGCAAAAUAACAACAACAACCAUACAAGAACAAGAACAAGAACAAGAACAAACAACGGUUUACAUGAACACAGCUGCUGAAGAGGCAAGAGACAGAAUGAUAAUCCAGUAAGCACAUGUUUAUUCACGGGUGUCAGCUUUGCUUUCCCUGGAGGCUCUUGGUGACAAUGUGUGUGUGUGUGUGUGUGUGUGUGUGUGUGUGUGUGUGUGUGUACUUGUUUGGGAAGUACAUGUGUACACAUGUGAGGACUUGGGGCACCUGACCAGAACGAACAAGGGCGAACCCCUUCAAAUGGCAGCAUUUCCAUGAAGACACACUUAAAACCUACAACUUCAAAAUGUUCGUAUUCUAUACAAAAGGAAAAUAAAUAUAAAUUAAAAGGAAAGAAAACUCACAAACCACCCUAAAAUGACACUGCUGAUGCCUGUUGUCAGCCUCCGGUACCGUCUUUUCAGAAAGUGCAAAAGCGACCUGCAGCAAGCUCUCUCAAUGUAAUGAUUAUGUGACAAUCCCGAAGACACUACAGGUUCCAUAGAACUCAUACCCACCUCUCUCUCUCUCUCCCUCUCUCUCUCUCUCUCUCUCUCUCUCUCUCUCUCUCUCUCUCUCUCUGUCUGCUUCUCUUUGUCUCUCUGUGUCUGUCUCUCUCUCUCUCUCUCUCUCUCUCUCUGUCUCUUUCUCUCUCUCUCUCUCUCCCUCCCUCCCUUCAUCCCUCCUUCUCUCUCUCUCUCUCUCUCUCUCUCUCUCUCUCUCUCUCUCUCUCUCUCUCUCCUUUGUCAUGGAUUCUGGGUGGGAGAGUACACUGCAGGCACCAGACGCUAAAGUUUCCUAACAUUUUGAAGUUUCUGUAGUUUGUCCUUUGUCCUGACACCUAUGUAUAUGUCCACAAUGUUGAUCUUUCACUGCAAAUUUUGAAAAGCCUUGUCAUUGGUCAAGCGGGGAGUGUGUUCAGUGGUUCCUUCUGAGGAGCAGACGUGGUGUUACAUGACUACUGAGAGUUGAGUAGAACUCUCUGGAUGUGUUCAGAUAGUGUAAUUGCUACAUUCUCUGAUGUAGUUAAGUAUUUACAGAUGUUAAAUGGAGUAUUUUUAUUUUAUGUACAUACUCUACAACUAUGUUCUUUUUUUGUUACAGCUAUGCACUGUAAAUGCAGCCUUCUUUUCAAAACUGCUAAAUUUUUCUUAAUCAAGAAUAUUCAAAUGUAAUUAUGAGGUGAAACAAUUAUUGUACACUAACAUAUUUAGAAGCUAAACUUACUGCUUAUAUAUAUUUGAUUGUAAAAAAAACAAAACAAACAAAACAAAAGACAGUGUGUGUGUGUGUGUGUCCGUUGAGUGCAAGUCCAACAAAAUGGCGCUUCACGCACAUCCAUCCUUCUUAGGUGAGCUUCAAUCUAAGUAUCUUGUCAACAACAACAAAAAUCCUAGGCCCCUCAAGGUAUUAACCACUUCUGCAAUAUUUUUCCACAUUUUCUUGUUGCUUGUUUUUCUUUGAAGUUUUAUACACUGGAUUUGUUAGGGGAAUGAAAUUUUCUCAUCUAAAAUUUUUCUAGACAAUAUCAUGAUUUUAUGUAAAGUCUCUCAAUGGGGAACCAUUAAGAAAUGUUUUUAUUUUCUCUAUCAACAGUAGUUUUGAAACUAGAGGUCAAAAAAAAUCUUUUUAAAAUGCUGUUUUGUUUUAAUUUUUGUGAUUUUAAUUUGAUACAAAAUGCUGAGGUAAUAAUUACAGUAUGAUUUUUACAAUAAUCAAUGUAUGUCUGAAGACUAUCUUUGAAGCCAGUAUCUCUUUCCCUUGGCAGAGUAUGAUGAUGGUAUUUAAUCUGUAUUUUUUACAGUUAUACAUCCUGUAAAAUACUGAUAUUUCAUUCCUUUGUUUACUAAAGAGACAUAUUUAUCAGUUGCAGAUAGCCUAUUUAUUAUAAAUUAUGAGAUGAUGAAAAUAAUAAGGUCAGUGGAGACUUUCUACCCAGGGUGCAUGGCGAUUGUCAGGUUGGAGUGUACGUUCUUCAUUUGGGAAACUCAGCUCUCACAGAAGCAGUGUUCCAUCUCUCACUAGCAUGGCCUCUGAUAUGACCAUGAUGUUGUUCUUGGUGACAUUGCUUCUGCUAAAUUUAAUAACAAUAAAUGUCAGAAAAAAAAAAAAAAACCUCCAUUUUGAGCAUCGGGGUUUCAUCUGAGUAUGGAGUCCCUGCCAUGGAAGUCGCUAAACUUUGGAGUGUAUAUUUGAUUUCCAAAUUGAGAUGCGUUUACUGUUUGGCUGGCAUGAAUUUUCUGGAAGAUGUGAUAGACCUACUACUUAAUCGUUCUUUUUUUUCCUCUCACCCAACACGAUCUUACAAAAUGGGUUUCACCCCCAGGCCAAUGCAGCUAAUUUUGACAGCUGCAUUCAUUUAUCACCAGCAUACUGUGUUCUGAGUGAAUCCACUGUCUGUCCUGUCGGAUGCUUGCUCAAGUGUUUGGCUUAUCAUUUCUAAGUAGAUAGAAAGCAAUAAAUAACUAUGAAAUAAAAGAAUUGUGUUCACAGGUUCUGCGUUACAACAGUAACACAUCUUUAAUCCGCCUAAUUCUUGUUCUGUAGGUUAAAUGCAGGUAUUUUAACUCUUUGUGAACGCCAAACUAAAGUUUACAGUCUUUCUUUCUGAAUUUUGAGUAUCUUCUGUUGUAGAAUAAUAAUAAAAAGACUAUUAAGAGCAAUAAAUUAUUUUUAAGAAAUCAAUAUUUAGUAAAUCCUGUUAUGUGUUUAAGGACCAGAUGCGUUCUCUAUUUUGCCUUUAAAUUUUUGUGAUCCAACUUUAAAUACAUACGUUCUCUUGUUUGCCCUGGAUCAUGGACAUGACUGAAAUAUGUGGUUUCUUUUCUUACUUAUCAAAAGACAACACUACAGAUGUCAUGUUGAGGAUUCAUUGACCUCCCUCACCCUCUGGCCUGACAAAUCUUGUUACCAUGAAGAUAGUUUUCUUCUGUGGACUUCCAGUUGCAUCUAAAAUUAGUGAAGCUUUUGUAUCUUAUGCAGACACUGUGGGUAGCCCAUCAAAAUAUAAGCUGUAAGCUGUGUUCCUUUCAUAUUUUUAUUUUACUUCUUUUGGGAGAGAAUAUUUCCAAAAAACAAAAAACAAAAACAAAAACAAAACAUGCACCCCACCAUCAGGGGAGGCAAAUUUCAGCAUAGAUCUCUAAGACUUUCAGAUGACCAUGGGCCAUUGCCUUCAUGCUGUGGUAAGUACUACAUCUACAAUUUUGGUACCCGAACUGGUGCUUUAGAAAUGCGGGGUUUUUAUUUAAAAAAAAAAAAAAAGAAAGAAAGAAAUGUAGCAGAAUAAUUCUUUUAGUGCAACAACUCAGUUUUGUUAAGGACUCUGAGAAAGGUUGGGCUGUCAACACCCAAAGCAGCAGAGAGGGAACUUGGCACUAUUGGGGUAAAGUGUUUGGGUCAGUUGAAAAAAAGGAAACCUUUUCAUGCGUUUAGAUGUGAGCUAACAGUAGGUAAUGAUCAUGUGUCCUUUUUUGAUGGCUGUACUGAGAACUUCAAUCACUGUAGUCUAAGAUCUGAUCUAUAGAUGACCUAGAAUAGCCAUGUAAUAUAAUGUGAUGAUUCUAAAUUUGUACCUAUGUGACAGACAUUUUCAAUACUGUGAAAACUGCAGAUUUGAUGGAGCGACUUUGAGAUUUGUAGGUGAAAGUGUGAUACUGUUGGUUGAACUAUGCUGAAGAGGGAAAGUGAGUGAUUAGUUUGAGCCCUUGCUGGCUCUUUUCCACCUGCCAAUUCUACAUGUAUUGUUGUGGUUUUAUUCAUUGUAUGAAAAUUCCUGUGAUUUUUUUUUUAAUGUGCAGUACACAUCAGCCUCACUGAGCUAAUAAAGGGAAAAGAAUGUUUCAAAUCUA